CCCCUGCGCCUGCGGUUAAUUUCCUAGGCAACCAGAACGACUCACGUCAUUUGCCUGUGUGUUCAGUUUGUGUGAUUUGUUAUCAUUUUUCAAUAUAUGUAAACUAUUUAUAAAUUACGUGUUCAGAUAUGACCACAUAAUUAAUCAAAAGGCCAUCAAAAAAAGAGAAAGAAGUGAUCUUAAACCUGAAUGCGUGUUCAACCCGUCACUGACGACGUCAUCAGAACAAUGUUUACUAGGUUAUGUUUUCACCACGUCAACACAAAAAUCACAAAAAUUCACGCCUGUUACCGGAAUUCUUGAUACUCGACACAAUAUAAUAAAAUAGUUGAAAAAAUUGAAAAUUGUGAAUAAAAGAAAGUAAGGAGGUGAUUGAUUUCUUUGGUUCGUUAUAUAAAAAUACAGAAUUUAUCACAAAUGGGUCGGAUAGUAUUAUUACAUCCCGAUUUGGGUGUUGGAGGAGCAGAGAGAUUAGUUGUUGAUGCUGCACUUGCAUUAAAAAGUGGAGGACACGAUGUUAAAUUUGUGACAACUCAUCAUGAUCCAAAUCAUUGUUUUAUGGAGACAAAAGAUGGUACCAUACCGGUAACAGUUUAUGGUGAUUGGUUGCCGAGACACAUUUAUGGUCGAUUUUUUGCACUUUGUGCCUACAUUCGAAUGAUUUACGCUGCCCUUUGUAUUCUAUUUCUCGAAGACAUUCCCGAUAUUGUGUUAUGUGAUUUAGUAUCGAUUUGCAUUCCAAUUCUAAAAUUGCGAUGUUCGUGCGUUAUAUUUUACGUACAUUUUCCUGAUCAACUCUUAUCAAACAGAGGUGGUCUAUUGAAGAAAAUUUAUCGCGCGCCUCUGAAUUAUUUAGAAGAAUACACAACAGGCAAAGCAGACAAAAUAUUCGUCAACAGUGAAUUCACUCAAGAAGUUUUUAAGAAGACAUUCAAAAAAUUGAAAGUUGAGACUGAAAUAUUAUAUCCAACAGUACACACAGAAUUUUUUGAUAAAACAAAAGUUUUACCCCUCGAACGUGUGAUAGAAACAAAAUUACCAAAAAAUAGUUUCGUUGUACUGUCAAUUAAUCGUUACGAGAGGAAAAAAGAUUUACAUCUUUGUAUUGAAGCAAUGUCAAUACUUCAAACACUUUUAAGAAAAGAUUUUGAAUCAAUAUAUUUAAUAAUGGCCGGUGGUUAUGAUAAACGUGUUGAAGAAAAUGUUGAACACUAUUUAGAAUUAAUAGGAGUUGCUGAUGAAUUACAUGUCAGUGAUCAUGUUAUUUUUCUCCGUUCGCCAUCGGAUCAGGAAAAAAUUUCACUACUUCAUCAUGCCGAUAUUGUUGUCUAUACACCGAGCAAUGAACAUUUUGGCAUUGUACCACUCGAAGCAAUGUACGCCGGUAAACCUGUUAUUGCUCAAAAUUCCGGUGGUCCUAAAGAAUCCAUUAAAAAUGGACAAACUGGAUUUUUAGUAGACGCUGAUAGUACUGAUUUUGCGGGAAAAAUGAGAUUAUUUGUUUGUGAUAAGAAAAUGAAAAUUCAAUUUGGCAAAGAUGGAAAACAACGAUUUAUCGAUUUAUUUAGUUUUAAUGCAUUCAAAAGUAAAUUAAAUGCAAUUGUUAAAAAUUUAUUGGAAGAUUGUGAAAAACGCAAAACAAAGUAAGUUAAAAAUUUAACGAACUGACUGUAAUUUAUUUUAUGGAGAAUUUAAACUGAAUUGAACAUAUAAAUAAAGAAAUUAUCAAUUUUUUUAAUUGAUAUUACUCACAGUUAAAGAAUUUGAAAAA